UCCGUUUUUUCCUACUUUUAUCAUAGGCUUUUGUGCUGUUCUACGUAAAAUCCUGCCUAACCCCGUCCUUAUGCAUUACCACACAAUCGUCUUCUGCUUGGGUAGCGCCCUAACCGCUUGGGCUGCGACUCCCUCAGGAUUCAAACCCACCUCAAAAGUCAAUCUGGUCGUUGCUUAUGGGGGCCAGUCGGCUCUCAAUGGUGUAGAUCUGCAAAAAAGCCUAACACAAUCGGAACCUACAUUUGGCACGACCGAGCCCCUAACCGGAAAAAGCUACGCCAUCAUGAUGGUUGAUAUUGAUAUCCCCACCAACAACCCUCCAGCUACUGGCACUUUCCUGCACUGGGCGCAGGCAGACCUCACCCCUGUUGCCAAAGCCACCACAGUUCAGUUGAACGACGGCAAGCAAACCAUUCAUACACUAAAAGCCAACGGAGGUGCUAUCGCGCCAUACAAGGGGCCUGCACCACCGGCAAAAGUUCCCCUGUCACAUCGCUAUAUCCAGCUUCUCGUCGAUACUAGCAACAUUACGGCGGCCGGGACCGCGGCGUUACAGACGCUCUCAAACCGCCAGGGAGUGCAGAUCAAUGACGUGCUAACCAAGGCUGGGCUAGCAAACCAGGUGGUUGCUGGUAACUUCUUCACAGUCACCAACCCUGGACCUGCGGCGGAUGCCAAAAAAGGCAACACCACCACUGCCCCUACUGGUGGCGUAACAAAACCAUCCUCCGUUCCGCCUAGUCUCUCUCAUGGAGAAAAAUCAACCUGGUUCUCCCCCGCGAUGCUGUUGGUCAGCGCCUUGGGCGUUUUCGCUGGCUGGCUUUGACCAAGGAGUGGAUGGACUCGGGUAGACUGAGACAGGUAUUGAGCAAGGACACUGAGAACGUCUGGGAACUAAACAUGACUUACCACGCGUGCCCGAUAUUAUCUGCAAUCACAAAUUUGGGAAAAGGGGCAGCUGAACAGGGAUUGAUGUGCUAGCAGGCUCAGGGGCUAGUAAGAGAGUGGUUCGACUGUGUUUUAUAGCGAUGAGUGGGGCAAAUAAACAAAUGAUACAC